AGAGCGGAAACAGCUCGUGUUCUCCUCCACCCUCCGCUCUGUUCAAUGACGCUUUAACAACAUCGCUUUUAUCUAAACGCCGGAGACACACAAAUGAAUUACUAAAUGCAUGACAGGGUUGUAAUGCCUGUUCAGCUCUGAACAUUAUGGACAAGGUGUGAUCUUUGCGUAUUUCAUCUCAUACCAACCCCUUGUUCUCCAUCAAGAUGGCAUCAUGUGUUUCCAGCUGCUCACCGGUGGUGAGGUUCUGUCACAAACUGAACAGGCUAAAGACACUAGAGGACGAUGUAAUGGCAACAUCACUCAAGCGUUGUCUUUCCACAGUGGACCUUGCACUUCUUGGUGUAGGUGGAAUGGUAGGAUCAGGCCUUUAUGUUCUCACAGGAACUGUUGCAAAAGACACCGCAGGUCCCGCUGUAGUGGUGUCUUUCCUCAUCGCAGGCAUAGCGUCUCUCAUGGCAGCGCUGUGCUAUGCUGAAUUUGGUGCCCGUGUACCAAAGACAGGCUCCGCCUACAUGUUUACGUACGUCUCUGUUGGGGAAAUCUGGGCCUUCCUCAUUGGCUGGAAUGUAAUUUUGGAGUACAUGAUUGGUGGAGCGGCAGUAGCCCGUGCGUGGAGCGGCUACCUGGACUCUAUUUUCAAUCACCGUAUCCAAAAUUUCACAGAGACUUAUGUGAUGCGCUGGGACAUACCUGUCGUUGCUCAUUACCCAGACUUCUUAGCAGCUGCCAUCCUUCUUGUGGCUUCCAUUUUUAUUUCAUUUGGUGUUCGUGUCUCAUCUUGGCUCAAUCACAUCUUCUCUGCCAUCAGUAUGGCAGUCAUUGCCUUUAUAUUGGUGUUUGGCUUCAUACUGGCGGACCCAGUCAACUGGAGCGCUAAGGAGGGAGGCUUUGCCCCCUUUGGACUCUCAGGUAUAAUGGCAGGAACUGCGACAUGCUUCUAUGCCUUUGUUGGAUUUGAUGUAAUAGCAGCGUCCAGCGAGGAGGCCAGCAAUCCUCAGAGAGCUAUACCGGCAGCAACGGCCAUCUCACUCGGCCUAGCAGCCACAGCGUACAUCCUGGUAUCUACAGUUCUUACGUUGAUGGUCCCAUGGCAUACACUCGACCCAAACUCGGCACUUUCAGAUGCGUUCUUUAGGCGAGGUUAUAGCUGGGCCGGGUUUAUUGUGGCUGUUGGCUCCAUCUGUGCCAUGAACACCGUGUUGCUCAGCAACCUCUUCUCCCUCCCGCGGAUCGUGUACGCCAUGGCGGAGGAUGGCCUCUUCUUCUCUGUCUUCUCUCGUGUUAACCCUGUAACCAAAGUUCCUGUCAUUGCCAUUCUUGUAUUUGGCAGUCUGAUGGCGUUCCUUGCCCUCAUCUUUGAUCUGGAAGCGCUGGUCCAGUUCCUCUCGAUCGGCACUUUACUGGCUUACACUUUUGUAGCGGCUAGCAUCAUAGUGCUCCGCUACCAGCCGGAUAAGCGUAGCGGAAGCUCAGGAGGAGGUGGCAUCAAAACGGAUGCUUCAUCCACAACAUCAGAGCAGCAGGUGGACCCGUCUCCUGCAGCGAAUGAGACCCAGACCUUUGCACAGGACGGUGGGGGGAUGAAGGAGUAUGAGUCCUUCUCUGAUAAACUUCAGCUGGUAGAGAGACAGAAGAACGUGAAGGAAAAACGAUCCGCUGGCAUGUUGAGCGCCCGUUGGGAGCCGUAUCUGGGCCGCUUGUUGGGGGAUUGUGAGCCGGGUGAGGUGGUGGCGUUUUCUGUGUUGGCUCUGAUGGUGAGCGGUGUUUCUCUUUGUGCCGUGUUGGUGUUUGGAAAUAACCAGUUGCACCUGCCUGUAUGGAGCUUCACCCUGUUGCUGGUCAUCUUCAGUCUGGUCUUCCUGCUCAGUCUGGCUCUCAUCUGUGUCCAUGAACAGCAGCCGAAUCUAAAGACUUUUCAGGUUCCUCUGGUGCCGAUCAUUCCUGGCUUCAGCAUCCUUCUGAAUGUGUUCCUCAUGUUGAAGUUAAGUCCACUUACCUGGAUCCGCUUCACCGUUUGGGUCGCAGCAGGUCUUCUUGUGUAUUUUGGAUAUGGCAUUUGGCACAGUAAAGAGGGUUUACGAGAGCAGCAGGGACAGGACGUAUCAGCGCGAUAUGUGGUUCUCCCCAGCGGCAGUCUGGUGGAGACGGUCCAGAACAUUCAGCCUGAAGGACAAACACACAACACCCUUACACCAGAAACCCCCUCCUCCAGCAGAUGAUCUAACAACGCUGAGGUGUGUUUACACUACACCUGCAUGCCUGUUUACUGUACCACCCCUGCUUUGCUUUGUCUUUUGUUUGUCUUUCAUUUACUGCUAUGAUCAACAUCAAAAUAAACCAAACUGUUCAUCAACAACA